AAAACGAAAACCAAACAAAAUAGCAAAUGAGAUAACGUUUCGAUCCUUUUACUACCUAAACUGUAAUACAUAUUUGAUUUGGAUAUGCAGUCAAACUGAAGAAAAUACUAGAAGUUAUGUGUUCCAAUGUAAUAUUUACAUGAAAAUUUCUUCGAUAUAAGGCGCAACAGAACCUUCAGCAGGUCAAUUUAUUUCAUUUUGGGUCAUAAAACUCGGGUCAUAUAUAAGAAGAAACAAUAAUAAGGCACAAGAAAUGUUUUCAUUUUCAUCCGAACCGACUGCAUGUGUUGGGUUCAGAUCGUAAAAUAAUUUUGUGUUGCGGCUGCAAAUACAUUUUGUUGUAAAAUCCCUCGAAACCCAUAUUUUCACAGGCCGUUCGAUUUUUCAACACAUGCACAAUGAAAACGCAUUCAGCCAAAUGAUUAAAUGUUCAUAAGAUAAUGCACACAUGCAGUCUAAAAAUUCGAAAGUUUGGUUAUCUGUUUCUAAUCAUUUCAGUUGCUUUUGGCACUUUGGAUGAAGCGGACCCAAAAAUUUGUUGGCAACAACGAACAGUUAAAAUACAAAAUCUCUACCCGAAGAGAAAUAAACUGAUUGGUUGAACAUAAAUUGAAUUGAGUUCUUGAAGAAAACGAACAUUUAUUCAUAAAGUAGUUCAUUUUUGGAAGUAUUUCUUGCAGUUGAACAUUCAUUUUGUAAAUUCUUCAAGUAAAUGUUCAUUUCAUCAAGAUGCGGCCAUUAAAAAUUGUAACAAUUUUCGGUAUUCUCGCGAUAGCUGCGUGUGAAAAUGGCCCAUCUCAUGGAAAAAUUGUGGUGUGUUCCGUUGCGGCAGAACCUUCGCUUGGUUUCUUCAAAGCAUCCGGCAAUCGAUUUGAAAUCGAAAGUGUUGACUUAAACUUAUGUACCCAUCUCACCUACGCUUAUAUGGACGCAUCGAAAAAGCCCUGGGAUUCGAUGGACAGUUUCAAAGAAGCAAAUUACAAGCAGCUUGCCGACUUACGAAAGAAAUAUCCGCAUUUGAAGGUUUCUUUGGGCAUAAUUCAAUCUUCGGAUGAACAUUUCAAAAUGGCAACCGGACGUGAAACCCGCAAAGCCUUUAUCGAUACAGCUCUCAACUUCACAUUGGCCCAUGGUUUCAAUGGCCUCGAAUUGACUUGGAGUUUUGAUAACGAUCAGCCUUUUGCGAAUGAAAGAUUUGCAAAAUACGCGGCUGUGCUCAUGGAGAAAUUCCAAUCACAUAAUCUGUUGCUUACAUCGAUGUUCGUCAAAAUGAAGAUGGGACCCUCUCAACCUCACGAUCUUUUGGCGUUUUCGAAAUACUUUGAUUUUAUGCUCAUUGCACCGAAUUACAUCGACGGUUUGAUCAGAAUGGGUGUGGCAUCAUCGAAAAUAGUUAUAAAGACGGAAUUCAUGGGACGGGGACGAAUUUCGCCCGAUUCUAUCCAUAAAACUUUGGGAUACAAUGAAGUGUGUGAAAUGCUGUCCAGUAAUGGAGAAUCGAAAUGGGUGCAAUACUAUGAUCACGAGGUCAAAGCCAAAAUUGCCAAACGUGAAAAUGGAAUUGGAAAACAAAUGGAUGUUAUUGUAUUCCCUAGCAGCCGAACCAUUGCAAAUGAAAUGAGAUAUUUUGUGCGUCGUGAGCUAGCCGGAGCAUUGGCAUACACGUUAAACGUUGAUGACUAUCUUGGUAAAUGCGGAAUGGAUGACGAUACAUUCAACGAUUUUCGGACAAUAAGUGGCGUUACUCUAAAAAUUCCAAUGCGACACAACACCACAUUUCCUCUACUCAGAACUAUGAACGACGCUAUUUUAGUGGCAAUCGAUGAAUUCACCCAAGAAACAAACAUUAUGCAACAACCACACUACUUUCGAUUCUAAAUUUUAUCCUAACAAGUCGGAACAAACGUAGUUUAAUCGAUCAAACAUCUGAUUGAAAACUUUUGGAAUAUUUGUUUCGAAAAGAAACGUUCAUAUGUUCAUUUUUUUCAAUAUCAGAAGCUUCAAAUUCACAUUUUUUGAACGAAUCGUCAUUACUUCAACCAUUUUUUUUAUUUUCAACCAAAUUCCAUCGAAGAAUGUGUAUCAAAAUCAAUAUAUCAAUAAAAUAAUCAUAGCCCAUAUUCAGAUUUGUUCUUAAUGGACCUUAGCAUACUUUUAGCCGUUAUACUUUUAACUAAAAAUCUAUUAUUUCUUUAGAAAAAAAAAUAAAAAUAAAUUCCUUUCCAAAAACAAA